UUCUCUCUUUCUAGACAUGUGCGUAUGCUCCAGGCUCAUAGCAGUGAGGACGAGAUAGCCAUGGGUAACAAUCUACUGGGGGAGAAGCAAGACUUCCUGGAGAAGGCGCUACACAACUACAUCCUCUGCCUCAAAGCUGGCAUCAUCUACCGGACGGCUCUGGACCAUCCCCACCAUUGCUUGUACAGUAUCCUGGCUCUGAGCAAUGCUAGCAAGGACGACAAGUUCUCCAGCUCUGGUCAUGUGAGCGGCAAGAACUCAGGGAGAACCAGUCAUCUCAGUCGCAAAGAAGGGAGUGGACGUUUUGUGGAUGAGGACAAAGUGAAGGCUGCAAGUGGCCUGAUCACAAAGCUUCGCAAACGGAACCCUGCUCUGAUCCAGUCUGCCGAGCAGCUGUGUGAUAUAUGCCUAUAUGGACCUGGCCUACCACGAUGUUUCGACCAUGAAGAACCAGAGAGGACCGUUCCCCCUACCCGCCAACUGCCCCCUCCUCAAGCUCACCAAGAGGGGAGCAGCCGUGCCAUUGUCACUCAUCAUCAUAGUCACCCUUUAAAAAAGAGGGAAAGGAUGAUCUACGUCAGGAUGCAGUCAUGCAACAAGUGUUUGUGCUGGUCAACCGACUGCUCAAGAAGGAGCCCACCACCAGCAAGAGGAGGCUCUGUGUCCGCACAUAUAUACAAGCAAGAGUUCAUUCCUAAUGAACUCUUGAUACAAGGUGAUCCUGUUGUCCCAGCGCUCGGGUAUUGUAGAGUGGUGUGAGGAGACGUGUCCUCUGGGGCAGUAUCUGAUUGGCCCCCCUAGAAACCACCAGCAGGGGACUCACCAUUGCUACCAACCCAAAGACUGGUCAUCAAUGGACUGCAGAAAGAAACUUACUGCAGCUGCUAGUGACCGGAAAUCCAAGAUCAAGGUCUUCUCUGAGAUCUGCCGCCACUUUGUUCCUGUGUUCCACCAUUUCUUUAUGGAGAAGUUCCCCAGUCCCCCUCAGUGGUUUGAGGGAGGCUCACGUACACCAGGAGUGUGGCAGCCUCGUCCAUCAUGAGCUAUAUAUACCUUCUUGGUCUGGGUGAUCGUCAUGUACAGAACAUUCUGAUUGACAAGAACACAGCAGAGUUCAUUCACAUUGACCUAGGUGUCUCGCUGUCUGGGGAAGAUAGGACCCACUGACCUCGGCUGUAUCGCCAUACCAGUACACAACGGGAAACAAGAUGCAUUUUUUACUCAAUCUGAUGAUAUCACAGUAACUAUUCUACAUAAACUCAGACUGCUACUAAAAGACAAGCAGGUCAUUUUUUACUCAGUGUGAUGACAUCACAGUAACUAUAUAUUCUACAUCAACUCGGACUGCUUCUACAAGACAAACAGGAAAGGAUGAUCUACGUCAGGAUGCAGUCAUGCAACAAGUGUUUGUGCUGGUCAACCGACUGCUCAAGAAGGAGCCCACCACCAGCAAGAGGAGGCUCUGUGUGCUCACAUAUAUACAAG